AUGAACAUUUAAAAUUAAAAAACUGAAGCAAAUCCAUUCAAUUAGAAAGAAUAAACUUUUGAAAAAGAAGUCGACUAUUACAACUAAAAUAACAAAAGGGUUGAAAAAAUUAAAAUUCAAAUAAAAUUCACCUCAGAUCAUUAAAUCAUCUAUUAUAAAAAUGAAGCAAUAUUGAGAGUGUAAAUAUUUAUUUAUAUAAAAAAGGGAAUAGCUUAAAGUUAAAAAUAAUAUAUUGAAUAAUUUGGAACAAAUUCUAAAACUUUCUUGGCGCAGUUAAUAUGAUGAGAAAAAGAAUAAGGAUGGCAAAUGGAUUGCUUUUUGGGGUCAAAAUGAUAUUAUUAAUGUUGGUGGAUAUUAGAAGGAUGGUUAGAAAUAAGGAUUGUGGAAAGAUCUAUUCAAAAAUUAUUGGAGGUAAGAUUUAAAGAUUUAUUUAAAUGACUAGUUUGGCUCUUAUAUAUGAAACAGGAGAAUAUUUGAACGAUUUUAAAAUAGGAAGAUGGAAAUAUUUUUAUGAAAAUAAGAAUAUGUAUGUAUUUAUAUAAUUAUUUAGAGGUGGUGGUCUAUACAACAAUGAAGGGGAAAAGAUAGGUAAAUGGAUCGACUUGAAUGAUGGGUUUUAAGAUGGGAAAUAAGUGACUUACGCUGGUGAGUAUAAUCGAAAUGGUAAGAAGGUUGGUAAAUGGGAUAUAAUGCAUUGUCGUAGAUAAAAGAAUUAAUAUAAAUAAAUGUAAAUAUUAUAAAUGAAUAAGGCAAAAACGUAAAAAUAGUGGUGGUGGGUAUUAUGAUAAAGAAGCAAAUUAUUAAAAGAUUGGAAAAUGGGUAGAAUUGGAUGAAUUAUUUGAAGAAGAUAAAAAAGUUACUUAUUAGGGAGAAUAUAAUAUAAAUGGUAUUAAGGUAGGUAAAUGGGAUGUUUUGUAUUGUAAAUGUGAUGAGAAGAAAUAUAAAUAAAUGUAAUUAUGAUAGAAAUACAGAGGAAUAUAUAGUGGUGGGGGAUCAUAUGAUUAAGAUGGAAAAGAGAAAAAGAUUGGAAAAUGGAUAGAAUUAGAUAAAGUGUUUAGGGAUUAUUAAUACGUCAUUUAAAAUGGUGAAUAUAACAUGAAUGGUAUGAAGAUAGGUAGAUGGGAUAUUAUGUAUAGUAUAAAUGAUGAGAAUUAAUACAAAUAAAUGUAAAUAUUGAAUAAGUAAAAUCUAGUGGUGGUGGAUCAUAUGAUUUAGAAGGAAAUUAGAAAAAGAUUGGAAAGUGGGUAGAAUUGGAUGAAGAGUUUAAAUUAGAAAAAUACGUCACUUCAAGUGGUGAAUAUAAUAUGAAUGGUAUGAAGAUAGGUAGAUGGGAUAUUAUGUAUAGUAAAUAUGGUGAGAAUUAAUAUAAAUAAAUGUAAAUAUUGAAUAAGUAAAAUCUAGUGGUGGUGGAUCAUAUGAUUUAGAAGGAAAUUAGAAAAAGAUUGGAAAAUGGGUUGAAUUGGAUGAAGAGUUUAAUAAUAAUAAUUCAAUCACUUAUAAUGGUGAAUAUAAUAUAAAUGGGAUGAAGAUAGGUAGGUGGGAUAAAAUUAAUUUAAAAUCUGCAAACAAGUUAUGGUAUUAAAUAAAGAAUAAAUUUUAUAGUGGAUGCAUGAAUUUUGAUGAAAUUGGAAAUUGGAUAUAUACCAGUGAAAAGUAUUAAUUAUAUUUUAUAUCAAGUAAUUCAAUUUUAAAUGUUGGAUCAUUCUAAAAAAGUAAAAAGAUAGGUAGAUGGGAUAUUCUGUAUUGUUAUAAUGGCAAGAAUUAAUAUAAAUAAAUGUAAAUAUUGAAUAAGUAUUAGGAAAUAUUUAUCUAGUGGUGGUGGAUCAUAUAAUAAAGAAGGAAAUUAAAAUAAGAUAGGUAGAUGGGUAGAAUUGGAUGAAGGGUUUAAAUUGGAUAAAGAGGUUAUUUAUAAUGGCGAAUAUAAUGUUAAUGGAAUGAAGGUAGGCAGAUGGGAUAUUUAUUGGUUUUCAAGAAAGUUAAUGUAAAUAUUAUAUAAGUUAAAGGGGAAUAUAAAUAUAGAGGCGGAGGAUCAUAUGAUUAAGAAGGAAAUUAGAAAAAGAUUGGAAAGUGGGUUGAUUUGGAUGAAGGGUUUACUUAAAAAAAUUAAAUUACUUAUAAUGGUGAAUAUAAUGUGAAUGGUAAGAAGGUUGGUAGAUGGGAU